CUUAAUCACCGAUUGCCCGUUGCUGUUUGAAAAAUUAAAAACGGCGUUCAUAAAUUGUUGUUAUCCUCCUGUGAGUGAUAUCGUAACGGCUACGCGUUUGGCAAUAUUCCCUAUGCCGCUUAUGUUAUAUAAAAUGAUCAUCGAGUGACUUCGUGUAUAAAAGGGCUAAAAAUAGACUGUUCAGAGUGAAUCGCGUGUUCGUUUAUUUUUGUUUUCAUUUUUGACAAACUUCGUACAUCUCUUCGUUUUAUAACUUAUUGUGAGUGUAUAAAAGUGCAUUGAGUAUUUAAUUUUAAAAUAAAUUGACUUAAUGAACAAUGGCUCACGUAGAGCCUAUGGACUUGGACGAUAUUGAAAGUGACUUUGAUAACAAGGAGAAUACAUUCCACAUUAAUAAUGCUUUGCCAAGAGCGCCGUGUUUUGAAAAGGUGCAUGAGAAUUUGGACGUGUCAGAGGUGAAACAUAUUUGCUCUAUUACGCAAGGAACUUCAUCAAUGUCAAAAAGUUAUACUGCUAACAUUGAUGAUAAGAAUAUUUUGGCUGUUGAAGACCACCGCAUAGUAAAUAGUAACUCAAACCUUACACAAUCAUUGAACUCUACAUUAGCCAAUUGCAAUGGUUUAAUCAAAUCACCGAAGUCUUUGCCAUUACAAUCAAUUACAACAAGUCAGUGUACAGACUUAGAAAGAAAUACCAUUGACAAAGGGUCAUUUGACGGUAAAAAUAAUAUAAAUCUGAAUAUUGAUGGAUCCGAUAUGGAAAGCUUAUCAUUACCAAGUACAUCUUCAUCUUUGGGUCACACUCCAGAAGCCACAACUCCAACAAAAGAAAUUCCUAAAGAUGGUGGCUCACCUAUCAUGAGAGGAUUAAAGAGUGUUCUCAGCAUAUUUAGAUCAUCUCAAAGUCCAAUUCCACCUUUACAAGAUAGAGAUGAUGAAAAUAAAGACCCUCAGGAAGCUGAAUUGAAUUUACAAACUGUCGAUUCCAAACCUCAAAUGGGAACAGUCUUAGCUUCAACACCUAUGAAAAAUUUGAAAAGAAAUUGUACUUUAAAAGAAAGUGUUACGUUUAAUGAUGAUUUAGAUAGAGAAUUAGAAUGGAAAGAAGAUUCUGCUGUAUUUUUCAAAGAAGAAAAAGUGCCUUUACAUAUUUUAUUUCCUACUCAUAUAAGUUCUAAUAUUAAGCUGGCUGCUAGUAAUAUAGUUCAAGAUGAUAGGAAUAUAUCUCUCGAGUAUAUGGAUAUUUCUUUAAAUGAGACUAUAACAGCUAAUAAUAUUAAAGAAAUUGAAGAAAGGGAUGCCAGUUAUGUUAUAAAUAAUUAUGAAUCUGAUUCAGCGCUUAAGGACUGUGAAACAACAUUAAACAGUUCUGAAGCAGAUCAUAAUCAUGAAAAUGAAUCAAUUUCUGCUAAAACUUACAAUACAAUAAAUAAAGAUCCUAACCUUGAUAUGUCAGGUCUAGGAUUGAAAAAUAUGGAGGUUGUGUCUAGUGUAACAAAAUCAAAACUACAGGAAAAAUCUGAUUUUGCACUUAAUAGUGCAGUUGUUAUCAAAAUGGAUAUUGGAAGUGAAGUUACUGAUUCAUUUAAAGAAGACGCCAUUAGUCUUGACUCUAAACCCAUAUCUUAUGUCACAAAUGAAAGUAUGAAUAUAGAUGGCAUAGCAGAAAAAAGGGUCCAAAAUACUGAAUUGGAGAAAGUUGCUAUAAAAUUAAACGAAUCUGUUGAUAUUGAAACAUAUUUGGAUGGUUUAGGUACUAAAAUUAUAGAGAAUAUAAAUAAUCAACCAAUUGUAGAAAGUGAAUGUCUAAAUAUUGAUAAUAAGCCAAUGAAGUUAAAUAAAACUAUAGAUCUUGGCUCCCAUUUAGACUCUGAGAAUAUAUUAGAAAGUAAAACAACAGAAAAAUUACAUACAAAAUCUUAUAGUGUUAAAGAAACUCUAGAACCAACACUAAAAACAAGUAUAGACAAUGAAGAAGAAAUAUCAAAUAGAACGAUUGAUAUUGUAACUCACACAGAGAAUCUUUUAUCUUCUGAAACAAUUGAGAAGAAAUUAGCUAUGAGUAAUAUAGAUAAUGAAGAUUUUAAUAAAACCCUUUCAUAUAACGAGGAUAUUUUAAACAUAAAUUCUACAAUUAACAUUGGAUCUGGUGUUAGUAACAAUCAAGCAAUAACUACUGAAAUAAAGACAAAUAAUGAUAAUAAUCAAGUACAUAUUACAGAGGCUUGUGUAGAUCAAGAAAUUUAUACUGAGUUUAAUAAUGAUUUUGAAAACAAAAACACCGUAAAUUUAGAUUUCAUAACUGAAAUUGAUUAUGAGGUUAGUGAAAAUAAUUAUAAUAAAUCUGUGCUCCCAGAUGUAGUACAAUCAAAUGAAAACCCUGAAUUUUUGUUAAAGGGAGAAGGCAUUGUUAAAUCUGAGAUAGAAAUAGUUAACAAAAGUGAUGUUGAUUGUAUGAAUUCAGACAAAUUGGAAAAUCCAACUAGUAUUCAAGUUAGCACAGCUGCUAUUGAGUCGGGUAUGUUGCAUGAUAACUGUCCAAUAUUUCAAGAAAAAAAUAUUGAAGAUAUACAUAAUGAUAUUGGUGAUGUACAGGAUAAUAUUAAUAAAAAUGACAGUAAAAACAUAGACAUUCUUCAACUAAUUCAGGCUACCGGCAGCACUGAAAUGUGUAAUAAUACAUUUGACAGCCAAAAUAUAGAUAAAGAUGUAAACGAAGACAAUAUAGCGGAACCUGUAAUUGUAUCUAUCGAAAAUAAUGAAUCCCUGACAAAUAAUGAAAAUAAUGUUUCAAAAUAUCAGGAUUACAACUGUUCCCAAAAAUAUCCUAUUUCUAUAUCAGAGCCAUUCUAUGAAGCUAAAAAUAUAAUUUCUGAUAAUAAUAAUUUUACUAAUGAAAGUGUUUGCUUGCAACCUGACAUACUAAAUGAAAACCAAAUACUGGGUUUUGAAGGCUCUUUAAAGAAAAGCAUUCAUACACCCCAAGAAGAUUUUGUUGAUAAUACUUGUCAUACGGAAGUUGAACAGGCUACUUUAUCAAAAAAGAAAUUGGAAUCUUUUACACAUAAUGAAAAAUGUGAGAUGCAAUUUGAAAAUGAAACUUUGAAUAGUACUGAAAAUGUCGCUAAUGAUGAAAACAUAUUUCUCAAUAAACUAAGCUUACCAGUUACAGAAGACCUCACGGAAGAAAAUUUUGUAAUGGAUUUGAAAAAUGACUUAAAUGUUGAAAUAAAUGUUAUAAAAGCCUUAGAUUCCAAUUUAACUAUUUCAAAUGAAUGUGAUAUAAUAAAUGAAGAAAGCUUUGAAAUAAAUUCAGAAACACAAGAAAGUCUAUGCCAAACUCAGAAAUUAGAUCAAGAUGAUUUAGAAGUAGAAAAUAUUAACAACAGCCAAAGUACAGGUACUGUAGUUCGCGACAAUCCUUUUAAAACAAAAUCCGAACAACUUGAAAUACCACCUACAUCCCCUAAAAUCGAAUCAAAGGGGUACAAUUUCAAUUUUGACGAAAUUAACGACCCGUUCGCCACGAAAACUAUGAUAAGGGCUUCACCUCCUCAAACGAAUUCUGCUACUGAUACAUUUACGCCAAUUGAAACCCUAAAUAAAACAAACAGCAGGCAAAACUUAUUACAGAACAAGAGAAAAUUGCAACCCUUACCAAAAAAGCUUAAUGUUGGCUGUAAAGAGAAUACGAACUCCAGUUUGAAUGAAGCAGUCUCAUCUGUAAAAGAAAAUAACAUUAAUUUAAAUAAAACCCAAUCAAUUGAAACUGUUCAAAGUAAAGAUAAGGUGUUGAACCAAACUGAAAUACUAAACAUUGCAAACAGUAGCAAUAUUGAUGCUCACGUUGAAAUUGCAAACAAUUCAGAAAUAGAUAAUGUUGUUAUUAAUGAACAUAAAAGGCGUGAUUUGAAUAUUUCUUACGAUGUUAGUGAAAGAAACGUAUUUAAUUUGCCUGAAAUCGACGAUAGAAAUUUUAACCCGUUCACUACUAGAACUAAAGUAUGUUUAACACCACCAUUAGUCAAUGAUACCUUUACAGCAGAUAACACUGAGCUCUUAGAGUCAAAUAAAAAUAAUGCUACGGUGAUUGUUAAUAACGAUGAUACUAAAGCAAUUCCGGAGGAUUUAAAUUACAUUGGACAAUCUAGACAUGAAGACGAGACCUUAAAAGAAGUAAAUACAGAAGAUGAAGAUACUAUUGAAGGACCAUUCUUAGAAGAAGACAAUUUAGGCGAGAUCGAAAAAGGUGAGAAUCUUCUGAGUGACGACGAGCAUGAUUAUAAUAUGGCAUUUGACGACCUUCCUAAACAGCAAACUGAUGAGGCUGAAAAUGAAAUGUUUAUUGAUGCUGAAGCUUUUGAAUUUUUACUAAAUCAAAAUCAGGCCAAUAUAGUAGCUGACAGUGGUAAAGAGAGUUUAUUCCUCAAGUUUGAUCCUUUAUUUGCAAAAAGAGUAUCAAGUGAUGGAGCAUUAGCAGCUUUAAGCUAUUUUCAAAAGAAACAAAGCACGCCAAAAAAAGAAAAACAACCUGAAGAAAAUUAUUUAUACGCCGAAACCACUAACGUAUUUCCAUCAUGUAGUAAAAAUGUUCCCACUUUUGAUAAUAUUGAUGAAUCAAUUGUUAAUAAUGUAUCUAAGCCUACUAUGGUAGUGAAUCCAGCUGUUGCAUCACCUAGAAAAAAUGCAACGCCCCCUAAAAGAAAUAGGCAAUCUUUAACAUUCACGUCCCCAGCUAUGGCAGUCAUAGAUAAGCUUCUUUCCCUUAGUGGAAAUACUAGUACAUCCUUAUGCCACGAUACAAGUAUACCUCAAAGUUGUUCAGAACAGCAGCACACCGAUAUAGCUCUCACGCAGUUAAGAGAGAUGUUAGCCGAGAAAGAAAUGCACGUACAGUUGUUAAGAAAUGAUCGUAAAGAACUAACUGACAGGCUUGGCGCGUUGGAAUCUCAAGUGAAAGCUUUAGAAUACGAAAGUGAAGACAGACUAAAAAGAAUAAAAGAAUUAAAUAAUGAACUAUCAGAAAAAAAUAAACAAAACAAAAAUAUGGCGACUGUUGUUGAACAAUAUGAAAGAACGAUUGCAACUUUAGUCGCUGAACUCGAACUGUCUAAGAAGCAGCAUGCUGAAGAACGAACGCGACUUAUAAAAGACCGCAACGAACAAACUGCACAUUUAUCAACUUUGGAAAUAUCAUUCAACGACUUGCACAGCAAAUAUGAAAAGAGUAAACAAAUAAUUUUAAGCCUAAAAGCGAAUGAAGACUGUCUGAAAAAGUCACUUCAAGAGUUUGAAGAUAAUCAAUUGAAGAUUCAGAACAACUAUGAGCUGUUGAAACAACACGCCACCGGAAAGCUAAACCAUGCAAAUCAAGAACUUGAAAAGUUGAACACGGGUCACGAAGCCGAGGUUUUGAAGCUACAGGCAAUGAUAAAAAGGAAGGAUUUACACAUAUCAUCCCUCGAGGAAACGCUUGCGCAGAAAACUAAAGUGAACAAAGAGUUGACCGCUAUUUGCGACGAGCUAAUAAAUAAAGUCGGUUGAACUAUAAUUAGACAGUCUAAACAGCUAUAACUCUUUGUGAUCUAGAAUCCAUGGCUUGUGUACUUAUCACAUGAUAAGUUGCAUUAAGAAUGAUGUGGGGUAAUAUUUGAGAUAUAUUGUAUCGUAUUUGAGUUUUAUGAAAUAUGACGAUCUAAAAUUAGGACCAGUAUAUACAGCGACAAACUAGUGUGUAAUGCGUUUUAUUUUAAAUCUUGUUUUUAAAUGACAAGUAGUUAUGCUGGCCAUAAUUAAGCGUGUCUAAUUUAUUUACUUUAUUCAACAUUAAAGAGUACUUAAUAAUAAUUUUUGUUUGUUAAAUUAAAAUUAGUAUUUUUUUAUCUCUGUAGAUUAUUUUUUGUAGAAUUCUUUUUUCUAUGCGUGAAUGCUAUGUUUGAAAUUUCUCAGAUAUAAGUAUUUAAGAUUAUGGACUGUAGUUACUUUAUUAUAGAGAAAUUCUAUUCAUUACUUUUCUAUCUCUUAUGUUAAUUAUGUUUAACAAACUCUAGCGUUAUAUAAAUUAACAUUAAUUUGACAAUAAAUAUAACUCGUUGUCAUGUCGGUAUGUAAAGGCUGAUAAAUAUUUUUUUGGUCUUUUAAAAAUAAAUAUUUUUGUACUUUUUUAUAAAUACUAAUAAUGUAUGUGCUAAUAAUGUAUAGUUCAAAAAUGUAUUCGCCUAUAUAAAAAUAUUGUACAUGGGAUAUUAAAAGCGAACUAUUUUUGUAAAAUAUUUUGGAUAAUUAGAUAUUUUAGUUAUUAAAGUCAUUGACCUCGGUAA